AUGCCGCCCGCAGUGAGCAGCUUGCCCAACCACUCCAGAGGCGCCCCCGGCAGCCAGGGACCCCCCCACCCCCGGAGCGGUCGGCUGGGAAGCCGGAGGCGGCGGGCCAGCCCUUUAGCUCCCCACCGAGGCGGGCCGGCUCGGAUCGCACAGCCUCGGCGCCGAACCGGGCCAGGCGCUUCCCUGGGGCCUAGGACGGCAGCUCGGAGGGGGGCCCUGCCUCUGGGAAGUCCUUCAGCCCAGCGUCCGUCCACCCAGCCGGUGUCCGGUCAGCCCAAACAAGGCGGCCUCCGGCCUAAUGCGGACCUUCGGACCUGGUCGGCAGGCCUCGCGGGCGCUCCCCGAAGCCUAGGUCCCCCACCACGGGAUCGCUUGAAAAAACGAAAAGGAAAGGAACUUCCCCGGAGUCUGCCCUUUGGGCCGCGGCUGACUCGAGAGUCGCUGGCCUGCGCCACGAGUCGGGGCCCGGGAGGAGAAGUCCGCGGGAUUUCUCGGGCCGGCGUGGGGCCCAAAGCAGGGGGUACUCUAGGCAAUUCAGCAGGCGCGGGGUUACGGCCGAACCCCACUCCAGUCCGAGAAUCCAGGCUUCAGGGCCAAGGGCGGGCGACGCUACCAGCCAAUAGGGAAGGGCAGCGUGGAGCCGCCCGUCUGGGCUCCGAGGCGCAUGGACCAAUAGAAGUGCGGCGUGUGGGAGGGCGCGGGNGGGGCCCCCCCCGCCAAUGGGGAACUACGGCGCGCGGCCGGGACCUGGAGGUAGCACCUCACGGCGGGCGCGGUUCAGUCGGGCGGCGGCGGCGGUGGCGGCGGUGGUGGCGGUGGUGGAGGAGGAGGAGGAUGUGGGCCACGCACGGGCUGGCGGUGGCGCUGGCUCUGAGCGUGCUGCCAGGCGGCCGGACGCUGCGGCCGGGCGACUGCGAAGUCUGCAUCUCUUAUCUGGGAAGAUUUUAUCAGGACCUCAAAGACAGAGAUGUCACAUUCUCACCAUUCUCUAUUGAAAAAGAACUUAUAAAAUUCUGCCGGGAAGCAAGAGGCAAAGAGAAUCGGUUGUGCUACUAUAUCGGGGCCACAGAUGACGCUGCCACUAAAAUCAUCAACGAGGUGUCCAAGCCCCUGGCCCACCACAUCCCUGUGGAGAAGGUCUGUGAGAAGCUCAAGAAGAAGGACAGCCAGAUCUGCGAGCUAAAGUACGGUGAGUGUGGCCAGGCCUCACUGAACCACCACAGAGCCUCUGCGCUCGGGCACUAUGGAGCUGACUUUCUAGCUGGGAGAGGCAGCUGAGAAGAUAGUGCCGCGGCCAGUGAGUUCGGUAGCCGGGUCGGUGGUGGUGGGAGGGGUACGGAU